UUUCAAAUACAUGGCUUCCUUAGUCAACCAUGUAUUUCCUUAGACACGCAUUUCUGAAAACCAGCCUGCCAGUUAGUAUCGCGUCUCGCGACGAAGCAACGCGUUGUGUCCGGUGACUCGUUACAGUUAUAAUUUUGACAAACAAAUUAUAUAUUAACAUACGUGAUUUUAUUUUCUACAUUUAUUUUUAUUACGCACAUAUAAAAUAUGGAAGUUAGAACACCGAAAAGAAAUUAUAUCGGUAGGCUACGCGGGAGGGAGCGCAAGAUUGUGUUGAAUGUAUUUGAGUAUUUUUCAAAAAAUAUGAGUGUGUGCAAUGCAAUUAAGGAAGCUUACCAUUCUUCUGGUCAGCUCUGUGCUACUCUUAUGGAAGGGGUAUCAACAUUGGUCAGCGGUAGCGAUAGUGAUUAAAAGCCCCGGCGGCGAUGACGGCGCUGCCCCCCGCCCUGCGGCUGGCCUGCGCCCUGGCCGCGCAGCUGCUGCUGGUCUUGCCCGGCCUCGCCUCGCCCGUGGUGCGCGUGCGCCAGGGCCUCGUCAGGGGGUCCGCGAUGACGUCCCUGCGCGGCCGCCGCUUCCUCGCCUUCCGCGGCGUGCCGUACGCGCGGCCGCCGCUCGGCGACCUGCGCUUCGCGCCGCCCGAGGACGCCCUGCCGUGGUCCGGGGUGCUGGACGCCACGCAAGAUGGCGCCAUGUGCGUGCAGAAGAACUACCUGGUGGCGCCGUACGAGCUGCAGGGCCAGGAGGACUGCCUCUUCGUCAACGUGUACACGCCGAAGGUAAAGGCGAACGCCACCGACGGCGAUCUCCUGGACGUGAUGGUGUUCAUCCACGGCGGCGGGUUCUUCAGCGGCUCCGGCGCCAGCUACCUGUACGGCCCGCAGUUCCUCAUGGACAAGGACGUGGUGCUGGUCACCUUCAACUACCGCCUGGGCGCCCUGGGCUUCCUGAGCACGGGCGACCGCUGGGCGCCGGGCAACUACGGCCUCAAGGACCAGGUGGCGGCGCUGCGCUGGGUGCAGGCCAACAUACGGCAGUUCGGCGGCGACCCGUCCAGCGUCACCUUGUUCGGUCAGAGCGCCGGGGGCAGCUGCGUGCACUACCACAUGCUGUCGCCCAUGUCCAAAGGCCUGUUCCACCGCGCCAUCUCGCAGAGCGGCACGGCGCUGUGCAAGUUCGCGCUGCCCGCAGACGGCAGGCCGCUGGCCGAGAGGCAGGCGCUGCUACUGGGCUGCCCGCACCGCGACGCCAGGGCCUUGGUGGCCUGCCUCCGGCGCGUCGACGCCUCGCGCAUCGUCGAGUCGGGCGACGCCUUCCACACGUGGUCCGUGCACCCGCUGAACGUGUUCGGCCCGGUCGUCGAGGCAGACGUCUCGCCGGGCGAGGAGCGGUUCCUGCCAGAGUCCCCCUACUGCGCCAUCCAGCGGCGGGCCUUCAGCUACGUGCCCUGGCUUCAGGGCACCGUGCUGGGCGAAGGACUCAUCCUCGCUGGCCAGGUGCUGGCCAACGCCACCCUCCUGGCGGACCUGAACGCGCGCUGGGAUUCGCUGGCGCCGGAGCUGCUGCAGCUGCGGCAGAGCUGCUCGAGCCACGAGGUCGCCGCGCAGCUGUGGAGGAACGUUAGCGCCUUCUACCUGGACGGCGGCCUCCCCCUCGCGCCGGACAACGCGCAGGGCUUCGUCAACGCGUUCACGGACCGCUCGUUCAAGUACGCCUCGCGCCAGGCCAGCCUGCUCCACGCCGCCGCCGGCCACGACAGCGUCUUCAGCUACCACUUCAGCUACCGGGGGAACAGGACCUUCGGAGCGGUGUUCGCCCCCGGACUCGCGGUCGACUACGGGCCUUAUCACUGCGACGACCUACUGUACCUGUUCAACAUAUUAGGAAGCUACACUCCUGACGAGCCCGACUACCGCGUCAUGGAUACUUUGGUCACGAUGUGGACCAAUUUCGCCAAGUACGGGAACCCGAGCGAGGGCAGCCCCGGGCUGGAGGGAGUCACCGAGGCGCGCUGGAAGCCGGUGGAGGUUCCAGCCUCCGCCGCAGAGCCGCGCCACGUGCGCUACCUCGCCAUCGACGCGGCCGGCGACGGCGACGACUCGCGCGCGCUGCGGCUCCAGAUGAAGCGCGACUUGGAGCAGGAGCGCAUGCGCUUCUGGGAGGAGGCGCCCAUCGCGGAGAACUCGCUCUGCCGCUGCUGAAGCGAGGCGGCGGCCCGGAGGAGGCGGCGUAACGGCUGUGAGCGGGGGGCGGCGCCGUCGUCGGGCCGCCUCCCCGCCCCACACUUUAUUUCUUCCAGGGAUGCUUCCGUAGCACACACGUCCCUACACCCCUUGGCAAAUGAUGCCUCAGUGUGAAGGACGUAUUUGUGAGGGAUGGAUGAUAUCCGAAUGUUUUUUUUUUUUACUGUUUGCACCACCUGUUGACAGUUGGUCGUACUAAUGUGCACGCAGCCAUUUUGAGUCGUGAUAUCUACGGAGAUUCAGCAAAAAGUUACAUAAUUUUAAUGUAGCGUGGAUUUUAUGAACGGUAAAUUUAUUCUAAUUAACACCGAACUAUUAAAAAUAAAUUUAAUUAGCAAUACAUAUCCCUAUAAGUUUUAAGUUCACCGAUUGGCCAUUCUUUACUUAAUGUUUUUAUUUGUCCGUAUUUAAGUUAUAAAUUAAACUGUUUAUGGUUUCAACUUAUCUCACGGCAUAAAUAUAACGCAAUAUUAUGAACAAACAGCAUACAACACUAUUCCGGAGAUAAUGGACGUGUGGACACAACAGUGGACGCGAGUGCUUGGCUAGGGUGAUCCAUCAGGGCUAGUUUUCGGUAGCAGCAUAGGUCAGACAAGGCUUCUAUAUGACCUAUGUAUAGUGCGGGUCGAACGUCUUGCGUUCUAUCCGCGAAGGGAUCUUCUCGGAAGCGGCAAUUCACCUCCGAUAGCUAUACCAGUCCAAAAUACGUCGACCCUGCAGUGUUUAACGAAGAAACUCGUGCCAAAGUCAUUACGCUUUUGUGUGACCGGGUUCUUUUGACGAUAGUAACCAUGUUACGAAAAAAAAAAGAGACUAAAUUCGCAGCCGCUACAAACUUUCCAAAUAUUAAUUUUCUUUCAGUUUCCAUGGUAUCGCGGGUGCGAUUUAAUAACUAGCUGUGCGUUUCUAUUUGUUGCGCGGUUAACAAACCGCACGUUCACAAUAAUGCGAUAUUUUGCUGUCGUAUCACAUCGUUCGUGUCGCGUCUGUCGUAUUCAUGUGACUAAUUGCAGCAGAGAUUGGAAUUUCAAUGAGUGUGGCCCUUGUGAUUUUGCACUAUAACUCAAAAACAUUUACUUUUCGUGUAAAUACACCUAGUCUUCUGUUCGACUUAUCCCAGUGAACCCGAAUGAAAAGUGAGCUUAAAUACUUACCAGUGGCUAAUAAUAUCGUAGGAUGUGUCCUGAUAAAUAUGUUCCGAUGGGACAAGUGGAACCGACUAACGCCUUUGUGAUCUGUAGGCUAUAAAGGUAUGAAGUCAAAAUUUAAAUAAUAAUAUUUUUCUUGAGAAAAAGUUUGAACAACGUACACGAUUAUCUUAUUUAUUUUUCUUUUCAGUUAUUUGAUAGAUGCAUUUGACAACUUCAUAUUCGGAGAAAAAAUUAAUUUUUCAAUGGUUUAAAAGCCCUAUCGUGUGUGAAGUUUAAAAUAUUACUGUAAUAAAGCUAUUUUCAAUAUUUUAGCUUUAAAGAGUGGAGUAUAUUCAGUGUUUACUCACGUGAAAUAUCUGUCAGGCGCGGUUUUUUUUAUUGCUUUCUUGUGUAGACUUGUGUGUGAGAUAUUAAUAAAAAACGUAAGAAUGUUAAUUGAAAUGAAAUGCAAGUGGUUGUUUAAAAUGUGCAUGAAUAUAGUGUGUGCAAAAUAUUUUCUUUAAAUUAAUGAUUGUGAAAAACAUGUUUUAUAUAUUUUAUUGUUCAUUGCUUAAUAAAAUGAUUUUUUAUAUU